AUGGAAGUUGAAUUAUUAAAUCAACUAGAAUACAGAUAUAAAAUAGAUGAAUUUCUGGAUAUUGAUGAUGUUAGUAAUGAAUCAUCAAAUAAUGAAACUGAAAAUAAACUUGAAAAUAUAACAAUUAAAGAUGAGAAUGAAAAAUUACAUAUUUGUUUUCUAACAGCUUUAAAAUACCUUUUAAAAGAUUCAACAUUAUUACCAAUGGAUCUUGGUUAUUUUUUUCAACAGUAUGUUCAAAAAUGUGUUCCAGAUAAUGAAAGAAUAGAUUUAAAAAAAACAUCAUACUCAAAGCUAUCUAAAUAUAUUGAAAAUUUAAAUGAAAAAUCUGAAGAAGGAAAAGUAGUAAAUAUUAUCAAUGUUAAAGAUAAAAUAUCUAUAAAUUCUGUAAAUUUCAGAAAUAAAUUAAUUUCAGAUUUUGAACCAAUAUAUGGUAUUCCAAAUGAAGAUAAAGAUAAAGAAAUCAAAGCAGGUUUUUCAAUAUCAACUUGUUUCUUGAGCACUAAAUCAUUUAGAAAACUGUUUUCUGAUAUANAUGUCCUUAACAUAUAA